UUAUCGCAUCAUGGAAAAUUUGAGCCAACGUUCCAAUCCCUUGAAUAAAAGGCGUUUUUCGAAAGUUCAAGCAACAAUAGACUUCGGGAACCAUGGUGGUCCUCGGCCUCCGCUACCAGAUGAAAGAGUGGAAUGUGAUUCUAGAGGGACACUCAAAAUAAUAGAUCUUGGGGUUAAGGUCAAAGAGAAGAUCGCUGAACUCUUUCCGGUGUCAAGUAGCAGUCCUUCUAAGGACGAUAAUGAGAAUGAAGAUGAUCUAUUGUCUGUUCCAAAAAGCCUCUCUUCUAAUGAGUAUAACCAUGAUAGCACUCAGUGCUCUUUUGGAACUCGUAAUUAUUUUAUUAACACGAAGUUGCCUCGAUUUAUGAAGGCAUAUACAAGCCAAUCUGUAAGAUUAAACAAUGAGCGUUUAAAUAACGCCAAAAAGUUUAAAUCUUUAGAAAUGAAAGUAACGAAUCUUGAAGCAGAAAAUUCUGAAAUUAAAAGAAAGAUGUAUGAGCUUCAAAAACAGUUGUCUGAACUUAAGCAGACAAAGCACACGGAAUCCUGUGGUCUUAGGGUGUAUGAGAAAUAGGAAAGUUGGCCCUUUAAAUGAUAUCAUGUCGCCAAACCCUGAAUAGUAAGGUGAUCAUGGUCUCAGCAAAGGAAGAUGAUGCACAUUAGAAAAAGAAAAUAGAAAAAUCAGAUAUGUA